CGAUCAGAAACUAAUCCCUUUGCCUCAUAUUUAAGCCGCCACAAAUUAACAGCAACCCCAUAAAUUCCAACGAAUUUCAAAUCAAUUACCUCAAAACUUUCGCACUCUUCCUUUCAUCAACAAUGGAGAAUUCUCACAUCGUUGCUCUAAAACCCUUGCAAAACCCUUACCCUUUCCCUCCUUCUCGGCGACGAUUUCUCAUGAGUGAAACUUACAAUACACUCCUUCAAAUUCUAUCUAAUUGCCCCAUCACUGAUUCUACCACUAACAAACAACAACUAGAUGUUAUUAAAGAUGACAAUGGCAGCAGUAAACUGGGAAGAGAAAAUGAAGUCGGCGAAUUGGUUGAUCAUCAUCUCAUCAGGUCCGAGAAAUUGUUAGUUAAUGGUCCUGCUCAUAACGAGUCUGACAAUAUGGUAAUGCAACCGAGUUCUGGUGAUGGAAAUGAAGGGUGCUCUCGUUAUGGAUAUGGAGAUUUUACUGGUGCACAAAUGGAAGUUGAUUUAGAUCCCUCCAAUUGUACAAUUGAUGCAAUCGAAGGCGAUAGAGGUCCUUCUAUAACAAAUGAUAUCAUUGAUAUGAAUUGUUUGGUAGACAAAACUCAUGGUUGUAACGAUCAAACGGUCAAGGAACCUGGGAAUAGGUGUAGCACUCAUGAAUUGAAAGUGAAGGAGUGUGAUCCUAUCAGACAGGCAGAAUUAGACAAAGAACUUAGUAUUGAUGAUGUCAGUGCUGCUAUAGAGUCUUGUUUUGGUGCGGAUACUAUUGCUGAGUUGUCGCAACCUGCAGAGCUCUCUGGAGAGAAAAUGGCUGUUUCUGAGACACAUUUGUCGGAAGAAAUGAAGCAUGGAUUGCAGGUAAAAGAGAUGGAAUUGGAAACUUUGAUAUCUUCUGCUGGAGCAACAGAUUCAUCUGUCCAUGUUCCUGUGAGUGAAGAGACAGAGGAAGGGGAAGUUUCCGGAGAUUUUAUGGUUUUUGAUGAAUCAGAUUAUGACAUUCUUAAUCAUCUUGGGAAUGAGAAGAAGGAUCAAGCAGAUGAGUCUCCUGCUGACAUUUUUGGUCGAGAAGAGUUUGCUUUUGAUGUUCACAUUAAUGCACCACAGAAGAGGGAUGCUUAUGCCUCUUCAUCCAUUGAUACAGUUGAUGAGGAUAACACCUUUUUUGGGGGAGAGUUCAUAAGAAAAUUUAGAGAAGAGCCAGACGAUAAUACUGAAAAGUUUUUCCGCUCAAGGGAUGUCGAGACCAGAAAAAUUUGUGUGUAUGACAGCAUUUUGGAUAGUGGGAACGUUGAUAAGCAAGUUGGUCUAGACGUAAAUUUAGAUCAUCCUGUUGGUUCUCAAUUUGAUUCAACCUAUGGUGAAAAUGCAAAAGAAAAUGAACAAUCAAUAGUCCCUGCAGAGGAUGGGAAUAUUGGUAAAAGGAAAGGGAAGAGAGGUCCUUUAACCAAGAGAAAAAAAGAAAAGAGAAAGGUCAAUUACAGAAUUAACCGAGCUGAAAAGAACAGAAAGCUUGGAGUUAGAAGGCUGAGGCUUCCACCAGUGGUGAAACCAAAAGUUGUGAGGUAUUGCCGCCAUUAUCUCAAAGGAAGAUGCUUAGAGGGUGAGAAGUGCAAAUUCUCUCAUGAUACCAUCCCCUUGACAAAGUCAACGCCAUGUUCUCAUUUUGCACGUCAGUCUUGCAUGAAAGGUGAUGAUUGCCCAUUUGAUCAUCAACUCUCCAAGUAUCCGUGCAAUAACCAUGCAUCCAAUGGGUUUUGCAGCAGAGGUGCUCAUUGUUUAUUUUCACAUGAGAUAGCUGCUAAGACAGUGGCAGUGACAAGUCCUACUGCUUCAAACCGUGAGCUGAUGUCACCAUUUGCUCCAAGUAAUUCAAACUCUUUGAUUCAAGCAAACACAUGGGGGAUGUCGCAUAAAGACGUUAAAUCCACAUCUGGUUCAACUGGGCUUGUUCCUGGUAAGAGCACUGAGCGGAUUGUAUUAGAGCCUGUGCAAAAGCCAGCUGCAUGUACACCCAAAGGUGUCACGUUCUUAUCUCAUGGGAAGUCUUUGCAAGGUGAGGCCAGAAAGCAUGAAGAAGCUGGUUUAUAUUCCAAGGCAAAUGAUGCUAGAAAAUUUAGCUGUCAAUUAAUCCAUAGUAUGUCAGAUAAUAUUCAGAAACCGAAUGGAUUUACAAAAGGAGGAUCUAUGAGGACACCACAAGGAAUGAACUUCUUGUCCUUUGGCCGAGCACCUUCGGCUGAGCCCAAUGGUGACACAUUGUUGCUGGGUGACAUGAAGAAUAGUAAAGAAGCUGCAACAUGUGCCAAGAGGGACGACAGUGUCAAAGAUGAUAAUCAAGCCAACGUAAGUGCUAAGUUAUGGAGCAUGAAUCAAAUGUCGACCAGAACCCCCCCUGGUUCUGUACCUCGGGGUGUAAACUUCCUGUCAGUUGACAAAACAGUAGAGGAUAGAUCGCAUCCUAAUGAGUUCAACAGUACUACAUUACCCAUUCAAAGAAGACAAUAUGCACCAGAUAGAACUUCCAGAGAAAUGCCGUUUAGUCAGUUGAGUUCUUUAUUUCCAGCUGGGCAGUCUGUCCAAAAGUGCAAUGCGGAGAUUGCCAGCUCCUUGAACGCACCAUUCCUUGCAGAUACACCAGGCUCGAUUCAGAAGGCUAUUAAGUCAUCUUUAGCAUUUGCGGCUAGGUUUGACUUGGGAGUCAAGUAUGGAAUGCCCAAUGGUUCCCCUGACAUUAGUUCCGUAAUCAAUCAUAAGGCUGGAAGUUCAAAGGAUAGAUGAAGGCAUUUGGUGGUUUCCGACCGUGGUUAUGGUAGCACGCUCAGGCUCAAUAAGUUAAACUGAGAUUAACAGGUAUGCAGUAUGACGUGUGAAACAUUUGCUUCACUAAUGACCAACAUAACAUUUUUAUUAUUAUAACUAUUUAAUAAGAGCGAGCCCUUGGACGACCAGGGCCAAUCUCGUAAAUUAAGCAAAGGAUAGUUCUGAUAUUUUAACUAAUGGUACUAAGACAAGACCAUCAAUAGUGACCACACGGGUUUUCCCUUUACCACAUGGUGUUGCAAAUCAAAAGAGCUUCCUUUAGCCUUUGCCUUAACUUUUGGGAUUCAUUUUGGUCUUCUCUUCUUCAGAAUUGUGGAAAAGGCUCCUCCUCUGAGAAGAGAAAGGAUUUGAAAGUCGAAUUUGCUUGAGGUGGAGAAAGGCGGACAAUACUUCGGUGGAGAAAAAAGAAGAAUAAUGACUCAGCUAUCCGUUACUCUCUUCCUUUUUCUUCCUCAAUUGGUGAAACUUCUUUUUUCUCUUUGUUCCUGGUAUGUAAGAUGUAACCAUUUUGCAUCCUGGCAUAUGGGUAAUUUGUUUUAAUUUAUUAGUUUUAUGACGGAUUUUGAGAUUUUAACGUACUGUUUCAAAUUGAGGUUUUAAGAAUUUGAUUGAACUUUUACAACGCUGAGAUUA